AUGGACUCUACGGACUAUAUUCAGGGAGGCUCGCCUCCAUCCACGGCAAAGGAUGAUAUUAUUGAGGUUGAGACGCUGGACACCAGGACGACGGUGAGGCCGGAGCCUGCGGCGUUCAAGGUCUAUAAGAGACGCUUCUUCGGUCUGGGACAGCUGGUCCUGCUGAAUAUCAUCGUCAGCUGGGAUUGGCUCACCUUCUCAGCCGUAUCGAAGACGGCCUCAGAGUACUUCCGGGUCAGCGAGGGGGCCAUCAACUGGAUGAGCACUGCCUUCCUCUUUGCAUUUUGCGUUGCUAGCCCGGGCGGCCCCAGGUCCUCCAUCAUUACCGCGUCUGCCCUGCUUCUCGCGGGCAACUGGAUUAGAUAUGCAGGCACCCGCGCGGGCAGCGGCAACUUCGGAGUUGCCAUGCUGGGUCAGAUUCUGAUCGGGUUUUCCCAGCCGUUUGUCCUGACGGCCCCGACGAGAUACAGUGACAUCUGGUUCACUGGCCAGGGCCGGACAAGCGCAACAGCAGUUGCCAGCCUGGCAAACCCCCUUGGCGGAGCGUUGGGACAGCUGAUCGGGCCUUUACUGGCCACGGAUCCAGAGCAGAUUCCCAAUCUCGUGCUUUAUGUUUCGAUUAUUUCCUCGGUCGCAUGCAUACCAUCAUUUUUCGUCCCCAGCCGACCUCCUACACCCCCCAGCGCGGCUUCGGAGACAGUAAAACCACCACUUCUAUCGAGUCUCCGCCAACUAGCCACCCGCAUUGAAUUCUGGCUCAUCUUCUUCCCCUUUGGCAUCUAUGUCGGUCUCUUUAACAGCAUCUCCUCGCUGCUCAACCAGAUCCUCUAUCCACAUGGCUACUCUGAGACUGUAGCAGGGAUAACAGGUGCCCUUCUGAUCGUGGUCGGCCUUGUCUCCGCCGCCAUCAUGUCCCCCAUCAUUGACCGCCUAAAACACUACCUGGGCACCAUGAAAAUCCUCGUCCCCAUCCUCGCAGCAACUUACAUCGCCUUCAUCUUUGCACCUAGCUCAGGCAACGUUGCAGGCCCGUACGUGCUCGCUUCUGUUAUGGGCGCAGCUAGUUUCUGCAUUCUCCCAGUGGCUCUCGAGUAUAUGGUUGAAAUCACCUACCCCAUGUCGCCUGAGAUCCCGAGCACGCUAUGCUGGACUGGCGGCCAGAUCUUCGGAGCGACGUUUAUUCUAAUCGAGAACGCACUCAAGGCUGGACCAGAAGAAGAUCCGCCCCUCCAUAUGAUGCGGGCUCUUAUCUUCCAGGCAGUGAUUGCUUCUGCCGUGGUGCCGCUGCCACUAUGCGUUGGCUUGUUUGGGACGGACGUGCGUAAACGCAGGCUUGAAGCCGAGUGUCAGCGUGUUGGCAGUCUUGAGGAGGCCAUUGUCCGGAGGGCGUAA